AUGACAAAGAAGGAUAAUGAAACCUUCAAAGAGUAUGCCCAACGAUGGAGGGAGUUGGCUGCGCAAGUUGAGCCACCGCUGUUUGAUAAAGAGAUGGUGUCGAUGUUCGUAAACACACUCCAGCCGCCAUUUUAUGAGCAUAUGGUUGGGAAUGUAUCUGUCAAUUUUGCUGACACCAUCAUCAUUGGUGAGAGGAUAGAAAUUGGAUUGAAAAACGGAAAGAUAGCAUAUGGCCCACCUGCGGCUACAAGUUACAAAAAGCCCAGCUUCAAUCAGGGGAAGAAGAAAGAGGGAGAGGUACAUGCUGCAUCGGCAAUGCCUGUGUGGAGAGGAAGAGCUCCCAAUCCUAAUUAUCGACCAUACUUAUACCCACCUCCUUAUGCUGCUAACGCCUCGUUUGCACAUCAAACUAGGCCUCAACAACAACAAGCGUAUUAUCCACCGCCGCGUAUUCCAACCGAAGCUUCAAGACUGGCCGCAAACAUGGGCCCAAAUCUGAAUAUGGGACAAAACAACAACCCAAGGAGAAAUCAAUUUGUUAGGUUCACCCCAAUUCCUAUGACUUACACUGAAUUGUUACCUAACCUAGUCAAGAAGGGUCUGGUCGCCAUUUGCCCGAUGAAGCCUGUACAGCCGCCAUACCCUAGGGGUUAUGAUGCAAAUGCCAGGUGUAGUUAUCAUGCGGGUGGCGUUGGUCACUCGACCGAAGGAUGCAUGGCUCCUAAAUACAAAGUUCAGGCUCUGAUAGACUCGGGUUGGUUAAAGUUUCAAGAGGACCAGCCCAGCGUCGAUACUAAUCCAUUGUCCGGGCACGGAAGUUCCUCAACGAAUGUCAUCGAAGUUGAAAACCACGAUCUGAUAAGAGAUGUAGGCGAAAUCAGAAGUUCUAGGAGAUUUAUCUUUGAAGCUUUGUUGAAGAAGGGCCUAGUGAAAGGCGACUAUGAUCUGGGUAUAGCGUGCGCACUCCAUCCGGAGGCCGGACACUCUUUUGAGGAAUGUAGGGAAUUCGAGAUCUUUCUACAAGACUUACUUGAUAAAAAUCUGAUGAAAGUGUACCGCAAGGUCAGAGAGGAAGAAGUAUUUGCACAAACUGGUGGAGAAUCUGAUGUGACUCUACCCGAACAUUUGGUGAUCCAUUUCACUAGGACCACCCCUGCACUGGUAACUGAAGGAAAUCCGUCUAUUGUCAUCCGAGUGCCAACUCCCUUCCCUUAUAAGAACGAGAAAGCCGUCCCAUGGAGGUAUGAGGCAACUGCAUUAGAUGAAGGAAAGGAUGCAAAUCCGACUGUGGAAAACAUAUCAGGCAUUGGUGGAAUGACCAGAAGUGGUCGAAUCUUUACACCACCAGAAUUGGCGAGAGAAAGAGCCAAUGAUAGGGAAGCAACAAUGGCUGCAAAAGCAAAGGAGUUCUUGAAGGGGAAGAACGUGGAGGCUGAAGAAACCCCCAACAAAGAGGAGAAGAAGGAAAUAUCCGAAGAAGAGGCUGGUGAAUUCCUAAAGUUCAUACAACAGAGUGAGUACAAAGUGGUGGAACAAUUGAACCGCAUGCCUGCCCGGAUCUCCUUGCUAGAAUUACUCAUGCAUUCUGCCUCCCACCGAAAGUUAUUGAUGAAGAUACUCAGUGAGGCUCAUGUGGAGCAAGGUAUUUCUCUGAACAAGUUCGAGGGCAUUGUUGGCAACAUCGUUGCUAAUAAUUACCUCACCUUCACUGAUGAAGAGAUACCUGUUGAAGGAAGAGGUCAUAACAAAGCCCUUCAUGUCUCUGUGAAAUGCCUGGAUCAUGUGAUAGCACGUGUCUUAGUGGAUAAUGGAUCCUCCCUGAACGUCAUGCCAAAAGCAACCUUGGAGAAGCUACCCAGUGACGGAAUGCAUAUGAAGCCGAGCUCUAUGAUUGUGAGAGCCUUUGAUGGUAGUAAAAGGGAAGUGAUGGGAGAGGUAGAACUACCAGUCCAGGUCGGUCUGUGUGUCUUUCAAGUGACAUUCCAAGUCAUGGACAUCCUCCCUGCCUAUAGUUGUCUGUUGGGUCGCCCAUGGAUCCAUUCUGCGGGGGUUGUGCCUUCUACAUUACACCAAAAGCUGAAGUAUGUUAUGGGAGAUAAGCUGGUGAUAGUGCCAGGAGAGGAGGAUUUCCUAGUGAGUGGACCAUCAUCCACCCGUUAUAUUGAAGCAGCUGAGGAAGCUCUCGAGACAGCUUUCCAAUCUCUGGAGAUCGUGGGAAAUACCUAUGUGGAGCCAUUCGCGGUCAACCCGCAUCUGUCGCGUGCUUCUAUCAUGAUGGCCAAGGUCAUGCUGAAAGAAGGUUAUAUGCAUGGGAAAGGUUUGGGCAAGUAUGGACAGGGGCGAGCAUUCCCUCUAGAGGUCGUCGAGAACAAGAAUAGGUAUGGCCUGGGAUACAAGCCCACCAAGGAGGACAGGAGAAGGCUGAUAGAAGAAAAGAGAGAGCGCAGUCUGACUCGGGUGGAAAGACGGGAGCCCAAGGUGGGAAGAAUUCGUAUCUGUGACCUGAAGGAGAGCUUUCCCAGCGUUGGUUGGGUUAAUGCUGGCCACAUAGCAGCAGUGGGAGAUGAAGAUGGAUCGGAAGGCUCCAGUUUCGUGUGGGCCUGCUCCCCGGAUGCACGACUCGACAACUGGAAGAUGUUGGAUUUGCCCGUGAUGCUUAAUUUGAAUGAGAUAUAUGACAAUGAGUGUUUUGAAAAUAAUUAUGUCGAUAUUCCUGAUUUUGGGCGCCCUGUCAAUAAUACGGAAGAUGAUUGUGAUGAUGACCUGGAACCCCCUCUUGAACUGUUAAGACUAGUGGAACAAGAGUGUAAGGAGAUAAAACCUCACCAGGAAGAUGUUGAAGUACUCAAUCUGGGGGAUGAGGAUGAGGUAAUGGAGGUGAAGAUCGGUACAACCAUGAAGGCAGAAGUGAAAGAAAAAUUAUGUGUCUUAUUGAGGGAGUUCAGGGACGUGUUUGCUUGGUCUUACAAUGACAUGCCAGGCCUCGAUACAGAUAUUGUGCAGCACAGGCUCCCACUUAAGCCGGAGUGCCCACCGGUAAAGCAAAAGCUAAGAAGAAUGAAACCAGAAAUGUCCUUGAAGAUCAAAGAGGAGGUACAGAAGCAAUUCGAUGCAGGGUUUUUCAUGAUAUGA